AUGGCCGAGCUGGCCCCCCGCUGGAGCGCUUCUCCCGAGGCGGCCGGCCGCCUCGAAGCCGAGCUCAUUGAAACCGCACUGGACGUGGCGAAGCUGGACAAGGAAGACCUCCGCGAGCUUGGGCUGGCCAUGGCGGAGAGGUGCCGCGUCCUGCAGUGGUCUUCCUCGCUCUCCUCCUUGCCACAGGUUCCUGUCGGUCCAGUCAGAUUGGACCGCCACACCUCCGACCUACCCUUGACAAUGCACAACUUGGAACGAUCUGUAAAGAAUGGCCUCUCCGAGUUUUCGCCUUCGCCCAUGGCCCGGUCUGUCGACACACGCUGCUCUCCUUGGGUGGAGAUCGAGGCGAAUGUGAGGCCCGUGCAAGCGCAGGAGGAGCAAAGGUUGGAUGAGAUCGAGGGCCAGGCUGACUUUUGGUGCAGCUGCUUUGCUUCUUCUUCUUCAGCCAAUGGUGCCUCCGACUCGUUGUUGGCGCAGGGACAAGUGGAAGGCCUGCUGGAUGUGCGCGAGAACAUCCUGGAAGCCUUCUUCGAUUGCACGCCCGAGCGUGUGAGAGAGGUUUUCGCGAGCAUUGACUCCGACAGUGAUGGGCGCAUGUUGACGGUGCAGCAGCUUCGGCAUGGUUUGGAGCGCUGCGGCGUCUCGGGCCUUGAUACUGGGACGCUGUCCAAGGUCUUCGAGUGCGUCAGUGGCACUGGAAGGACUCUCCACCUCCAGGCAUUCGAGACUAUUCUUUGCCGCCUGCGGCUCGCGAGCCUCCUGGCGCGGCCUUGGCGCGCCAACCUUUCUGUGGUGGAUUACAGCUGCUCCAAAGCCACGGACCAGUACAUCGAUGCGAACAACAUGCGCAGCUUCUUCUUCGGCCAUCGGCCUGGCGCCAGAGGGCCCCAGGAUGCCCUGCCGGUCCGCUGGGUGCACAUGCCGCAGUUCGACCUGCACCUCCUCCUGGCACUGACUGUGAAGUACAGCCUGCAUCCUUUGAGCGUGGAGGAUGUCAUCGAGCAGUGUCCGACCAAGAUCGACCGCCUGGGUGCGAAUUACUUCUUGGCAAUUGAACUGCUGACCUUGGUCGACAAUGGCCAGGGGCCGAAG